AAUGUCAUUUUAUUAGACGUCUUUAGGGUUUUAACGGACUGAAUGCAGUAAGUUUCGCAGACAAGAAAUAUCAUUUCAAUAAAACAUGCGUGUGUUUGUGUGUCUCCUCGGGGCAGUGGCGGCCUGCCUUGCAAUGCCAAACGUCUACGAGAUGGAGAUGGCGGAAGUGGAGGGCGCAAUCAACCGCCUGCAGACUAAAGAAGAGCUCGUCCACUUCCUGACCGAGAAUACAUCACGCGGCCCAGUUCGACUGACUAGCUUCUCCUUCAAAGAUUGUGGCGGAGCCGGCGCCCUAGUUAACAUCAACUCGCUCAGUAUCACCCCCGACCCCGUCGUCUUCCCCGGACCCCUCAAUGUGGCCACAGAUUUCAAGAUCAACAGUCCCCUUGGACAACCUCUCAAGGGUGACCUGUACAUCGCCAAAAAAGUGUUGGGCAAGUACAUUAAACUUCCUUGUAUCGACAACUUCGGUUCAUGCAGUUACGCGGACCUGUGUGUGCUGCUGGAACAGGUUCAGUGCCCCGACCCUAUUGUCCGUAUCGGUAUCGAUUGCACGUGCCCCCUCAAAGCGAACUCCUACAGUCUACCGAAGACGGAAUUCGACGUUGACGUAAGUUUUAUUCCAGCGGGCGACUACAUGGCGCGUGGUAACAUAACCUACAUGGGGAAGGAGGGCGCGUGCCUCGAGCUUUCGAUCACACUUACAUAAAUACGAAACGAAAACUACUGGUAAAGAAUUGACCGUGGGGCGUGGAGACUGUGCGAUGGUGGAAAUUAUUGAUUUAACUAGCACAUGUAUAUCCUUCCCAAUUUUAUAUUUUUAUUUUGUACAUUAAUGAAUAUAACAAAAAACUGUAUACUCAUGUCUGUUUUAUGAACAUGUAUGUAAUGUUUUCAACACAAUAAAACAGUCAAAAUGGU